GCGACUUUUUUUUCUCAAUUAGAUAAAUGAUCUUGAUAAAAUGCAACGAAAAAAAGAUGCACUAAUUCGUCGACAAAUUAAACGAAGAGAAGAAUUAUUACAAAAGAAAGUUGAACGACAAAGUAUUCUGACUAAACGACAAGAAGAAUAUCGGUUAAUAUUUUUGAUAAACUAUGAAAGAUAUACGCUGUUUAUUGAGUUUUAUGUUUAGAUUAUUCGAAGAAUUUAUGGCUCAACGUCGAAAUGACGAUAAUGUAAGACGAAAUGCAAUAUUACAAGCACAUGUUGAACAAAGACGAAUUGAAGCAGAUUCUGAUUCAAAUCAAAAUUAUAAUAUUGUUAGAUUAAGACGAAAACCAUCAUUAAUGUUCAAUAGUUCACUCUGUAGAUUAGAUGAUGAGAAUAGUUUUGGAUCGAAUUUUGAUUUAUUCAAAGCAAAAAUGCAAACUCCUCGGCGAUGCAUGACACGCUUUGAUUCACCAACAGUUUCAUUUCAAUCAAAAAUGAAUCGUACUGUUAGUAUGUCAAAUGUUGAAAAUUUAUACGAAUCAAACACAUCGAUAGCUACAAUGGACUUAUCCUCAAAAUUACCAUUUGGAGGUAGUCUCAUGAAUUUAGCUACACAAGAUUAUUCACCAUUUGGAACAAAAUAUUUACCUCGACGAAAAACGUUAGCAAAUAGCUAUGAUUUAUCAUCACUAAUUGGUAAUCGUAUAGCAAGAAAUCAAGGAUUACUAUCAAAAUCAAAUAAACAAUCAACAUUAAAUUCACUUAAACAAGUUGUACUUGCUGGUGGAGCCAAUAAUCAUCAACGAGAAAUUGUAUAUCGAGAAGUUGAAUUGAGUGAUCAUAGACAUUUUGUAAUAUUAUUUCGCGAUCAUCGUUUACAAUAUCGUGCAAUAUAUACUUAUAUAUCAGACACAGAUAUUAUUGAAAAACUACAUGGAAUUGGUCCACAAAUUAUCAAAGAAAUUAUGAUAGAAAAGUUUUAUAAAUACAAUUCUGUGACAGCUAAAUUAACUCAAUCGCAAAUUCGUUUAACUAUACAAAAUGAACAACCUCAACAAGUAUCUCCUGCUAAAAUAUUUAGUUUAUUAAACUAUUAUUGUUCGUUGACUCAUCAAUUUAUUUAUUCUGUCGAUGAUUUUCGUUCAUGGUGUCAUCAGCGAUCAUUAACACCCAAUUUAGCUGCAUCUCAUGAUUUGUUUUCCGGUUGUCUCAUUACAGCUCCGUUGAUACGUAGUUGUAAACAAAAUUUGAAAAUAUAUGUUUAUAAACAUGCAUUAGGAAUAAUCAUACAUUUUGGAUAUUAUCAUGUUCAAGAUCCGUCAAAAUUAGAAAAGUUUGCUAGAAAACGGGGUCAACCAAAACAGGCACGCUUCAUUAACGAUAUGUUGAAUAAAGCUCGUUCAUUAUUUUCACGAGUAUUUUCAAUUGAAAAUCGAUCAUCUCAAUCGAAAGAGACUGCUUUUUUUGACGAUUAUCCAGAGAAUAGUGACGAUAGUUGUACAAGCUCGGACUACGAUAGUGAAAGCGACGAUUGUAGUCAACAAAUGAAAAAUAAUAAACACAAUGAAACAACUUUUCAAUCAUCAGACAAUAUCAAAACUGUAAAAUCCGUGAAAGAAUCGUCACUAAAAUCCAAUCAGUCUGUUGGAACAAAAUCACAGUCAACAUCAGCAGUUUCUGAUCAACGUUCAUCAAUUUCAACUAUGUUCAAUUCUGUAGUAUCAAAAUCAUCAUUACAUCAACUUCGAACGUUCACUGAAACUGUUGAAAAUAAUAUUGAUGAUAAAACGAGUUAUUUAGUUGUUCUAAAUCGUAAAGAACGCAAACAAAAUCGGUUAACAUCCGCGAUGAAUAUUGCAUUUACUCGAGGUAAUGUUGAAUCAAUGAAACGUCUAUUAUCCAAUUUUGAUAUUGAUAUUAAUCAGCAAGAUUCAUAUGGUAUGAGUUAUUUAGAACAUUCUAUUCUGCUUGGAUCAUAUGAUAUGGUUGAUUUAUUAAUUCGAUAUGGAUGUGAUCUUUAUAGAGGAGAUUCUCAUGGUCACAGUUAUUUAUAUGUAGCAAUUAAAACAAGUUCUAAUAAAAAUGAUAAUAUAAUAAAAUUAUUACUUGAAAAUGAUUGUUCAUGUUUACGUGCAAUAGAUAUUGUUUCAUUGGUAUCUGUUGAUAAUGUAUUACAUAUAGAUUCACACGAUUUUAUACAAUUAUAUCGUCAUAUUCUAUUGAUAAUGACAUAUCAUCUGAAGCGGAUGCCAUUAAACGAUGUUAUAUCGUUAAUGACCUACAUGAUAUCGACAGGAAUUUUAUUAUGUAAAAAUGAUGAUAUUUAUGCUUUAAGUUUGUGCAAUAAACAAAUUAUUGAACAAUUUAAUAAUGAUUAUAUUCAAUUAUUUAUAAAAGUAUUGGGUUCAAAACAUGCUCUCAAAUUAGAACAAAAAUUACGAUCAAUUGUUGUUCAACAGCAAACAUUGAUAUCCGUUGGUCUCAUAGAACUUGUAUUCAAUGAUAUUCAAACUUAUAUAGUUAAAAUAUAUGAUAUGAUUAAACAACCAAAUAAACUGAAACAUUUCUGUCGUUUAAUUAUUAGAGAAAAUUUAAAAAGUUUAAAAGGAUCGACGCUAAAUUCAUUAGGAUACAGUACAAAACUUCAAAAUUAUUUACUCUAUUCACCCAUAUAA